AUGGCACCUAAAAUCGAUCCCAAUGAAAUAAAAAUUAUUUAUCUUAGAGCAACAGGAGGUGAAGUUGGUGCGUCUAGUGCUUUAGCUCCCAAAAUUGGUCCUCUUGGUUUGGCACCAAAAAAAGUAGGAGAAGAUAUUGCAAAAGCAACAUCAGAUUGGAAAGGUUUACGUGUUACUGUUAAAUUAACAAUUCAAAAUCGUCAAGCUGCAGUUUCAGUUGUACCCACAGCAUCUACUCUAGUCAUUAGAGCGCUUAAAGAACCACCAAGAGAUCGUAAAAAAGAAAAAAAUGUCAAACAUUCUGGUAAUAUCGCGCUUGAUGAUGUUAUAGAAAUCGCUCGUACAUUACGGUACAAAUCAUUUGCUAAAAAUUUGAAAGGAACUGUAAAAGAAGUUUUGGGAACAUGUUUUAGCGUUGGAUGCACUGUUGAUGGUCAAGGUCCUAGAGAUUUAUGUGCAUCAAUUGACUCUGGCGAAGUUGAAAUUCCCGAAGAAUAA